CCAAAAGUGCAAGCAAUUAAAUCUCUCCUUGGAAUGCACGUUCCGGAAACCUGGCAUUUGCCGUGGAGUACGUGCACAUCAACGCAGCCUAUAAAUCCACAACACCAACGGAGGCUUCCAUCUCAUCUCAUCUCCGAGGAACCAUCAAUCCGAGAUAGCUCUACAACCAGCAAAGCCAUCCAAAGCCAUGAGGUUGCAGUGCUCCCUGGUCCUCCUGAUCGCCCUGAGCGUCGGCUGCGCGGCAGCGCAGGAGAGCGGGAAACAGGCGGGCUACGAUUUCUUCUACCUCGUGCUGCAGUGGCCGGGGUCGUACUGCGACACGAAGCAGAGCUGCUGCUACCCGCGGUCCGGCAAACCGGCGGCGGACUUCGGGAUCCACGGGCUGUGGCCCAACCGCGACGACGGGUCCUACCCGCAGAACUGCAACCCCGACAGCGCCUUCGAUCCCUCCAAGGUGAGCGACAUCCUGAGCAGCCUGCGCAGCAGCUGGCCGACGCUGGCGUGCCCGACCAACGACGGCCUCCGCUUCUGGGCGCACGAGUGGGAGAAGCACGGCACCUGCGCGCAGAACCUCUUCAACGAGCACGGCUACUUCCAGGCCGCCCUCCGCCUGCGCGGCCAGCUCCGCGUCCUCGACGCCCUCGCCACCGCGGGCAUCUCCCCCGACGGCGGGUACUACACGAUGGGGGCCAUCAAGGGCGCCAUCCAGGAGGGGACCGGGUUCGCGCCUCACGUCGACUGCAACCGCGACGAGUCCGGCAACAGCCAGCUCUUCCAGCUCUACUUCUGCGUCCACGCCGACGCCUCCCGCUUCGUCGAGUGCCCCGUCCAGCCCGGCGGCAGGCCCUGUGGCAACAGGAUCGAGUUCCCGGCUUUCUGAUCAUUAUCUCCUCCAACCCAAGGAGUUUCAUGUGUUCCUUAAUUUGCCUCCCGAUUCCUAGAUAUUCAUUUGGUUUUCAUUUCUUGCCGCUGGCAGAAUAAACUGAGGGUGCAUAUUCGAACAUGUGCUCGUUUUCUUUCUUUCCCCCCCUUAAUUUUCAUGUUAAUGACCUGAUCUCAGGCAGCAAUUGAAGUUACGACGAGCA